AUGGUGUUCCCUAAAAAUAUAUUGACAUUGCAAUAUAAGACUUGUGCUAAAAUAUGCUUUAACCCUUUGCAUGCAUUAAAGCAUGUGGCUAACACUGUGAGAGCUAUAGAAGUCUCUUGUUCUGAAGCCUGGUUGGAAGCUCGUCCUGAUGCUGAGAGAAAAAAGAAGACAUUCGAUUGGACUUUUUCUACAGAUUACAAAGGAACACUUUCAGACAACAUAGCUGUGGAGUCCACAAAUGAAACAAUUAACUUUGAUCUCUUAAAACAGAAAGACCAAAUCCUCUUUUACCAUGAUCUUACAUUGUUUGAGGAUGAAUUGCAUGAUCAUGGGAUAUCUAAAUUGUCUGUAAAAAUUAGAGUGAUGCCAUCUUAUUGGUACAUAUUAUUAAGAUACUUUUUGAGGGUUGAUGACGUACUUGUGAGAUCUAAUGAAACCAGGAUGUUUCACAUGCUCAAUACAGAUUAUGUACUCAGAGAGUAUACAGCCAAAGAAUCAAAAGCACAAGACUUACACAUGCCCACAAAUCAAAUGAAAGAAGCAGAUGACGUUAUUCCAUUUCUUGCAGUGAAGGAAAAAGUUACAGAGAAAUUAGUUUUCACUGAACCUACUUUAUAG